UUAAAAACAGAAGCGACCGAGGCCACAGAAACGAAAUCGCUCGCGUCAAACGAAAAGUCAGCAUUUUUUUCAAACGAAGUCAAAUUUUUCAAGUGUUUGAGCGACACUGAAAGCCGCGUUAACCGAGAGGACCUGCAGGACACUCUCAGCCGAUCAGUCGUCAAGAUGGGCGACAGCGUCGAUUCCAGGGCGAAGACGCAGGAGAAGGAAACGGGAGUGGAAAAGGUCGAAACCGUCGAAGAACCGAAGGAAACAGCGGUCAAGACGGACGAACCGACCGGCGACGCCGACAAGGGCGAUUCGACGGCCGACGAACCGGCCGACACGGGAGAGAAAUCGAAGGAGGCUACAGCCGAAGUGAAGAAAGAGAACGUUGAGGAGAACAAGACGGAAACGAUUUUAUCGUCGCAAAGUUUGAAAUCGUCGAAUCCAUCGUUAUCGAUGCCAAACGACCAUGUCGUAGUUCCACCUGUCACCGCCACCCCGAAGAACGUCAAGGACAGGCACUUGAACCGCAACCAGAGCGACAUCUUACCCUCGUUACGCGAGAUACCUCGCGAGGAAGAUCCCUCCCUCAUGAUCUUCUCCAGCAAGGGUCUGCCCACCAAGAAGUACUUCAGGCGCAAGGAGGUCAAUUCCACCAUACUGCCGUUCGGGUUCAACGAGAAAGAGGCGCCCCCAACGGCGCCCUCCACGCCCAGGAUCAAGGUGGAGGCCGAGCUGACGCCCAAGAUCAACCAGAUGGUGCCGAAGAGCGUGAGGAAGAUGGAAGAGGAGGCGGCCAAGAGGGCCCCGUUCGGCGACAAGAACCCCAACGUUCCGAACCCGAGCGUCUCGAGGAACGUGCUCACGGGGUGCGGAGUCAGCUCCAAGGACGAGUUCAGGAGCAGAUCGGCCAGGCGUAAAGAUGGAAAUCCUGUGUUGGGAUUAGGAUACGAUGAACCUGUGGUGGCUAACAACACCGGCAGAGUACCUCCAGGUGGAUUUUCCAGCGGACUAUGGUAGAUGUGGAAAUCGAAAGAAAGGACGUUCAAAAUACAAACCAAUAAUGGCUUUACGUUGUUGUGUACCUUUUUUCGACACAAUGUCAAUUCGGAAAUAUAACCUAUCUGAAUAAAUAUUCCAUAUGCGAUUCAA